CCAGAGAAGAGGGAGAGGAAGAGGGAGAGAGACAGAGAGAGUUGCUUUGCUUCUACUCUCUUCUUCUACCCUCUUCUUCUCUUCUUGAACUCUGCCUUCUCCGUUCACUGUAUUCAUUUCUUUGAGGUGCUCCUCCAGCCAACUACAAGUUUUCUUUUCUGGCGUUUCCCCGCUAGAAAACGAAGCUGUUUGCGGCAUUGCACAAGCAUGUGGCCUGUGCUUGCCAAAUAGUACAGCAAAAUCUGAGAGAGGGAGUGUGUGUUGCUUUGCUUGCUAACUUGAACUCUGCCCGUUCAUCCAUUUCCAGCCUCGUCAAGCCAACUAGUUUUCCGGCAUUCCCAUGCCAGUGAAAGAAGCUAUUCUAGGUACUGCCUCCUGAGGAAUAUCUUGACUAUUACUGUACCACAGUACCAGUCCGUGCUUCUCUCGCCGGAAAACAGAGACAAGUUACGAAUAUUUUCGGUUUUUUAACCUGUCGAGGAAACAGCGAAGAGACACCUAAAAAUCCUUUCUUUCUGCUACCAGAUGACCUGCUUGAACUCCAUCCUCAUUUUUAUCAGAACCUUACUUGAAAGCUGCAGAACACCCCGUUUUUUCUUGCCGGAAAAUCCUGAAAGACAUCACCUUUUCCCCUUCUAAUGCCCACAGAACACUCUGUUCCUUCGUCCCCACUAAGAAAUCAACUUUCUUCAGCGGGAAAAAUCGAGUUUUGGCUGCAUUGUCAUAAGGAAAGCAUCGAACAAGCUUAGAAACUUGGUUCGUUUUUAGCCACAUAUUGCCGGAAACGUCUGGUAAACAAUGAGCAUGUAUGGCAGAGACCCCUGGGGAGGCCCCCUGGAGAUUCACGCAGACUCGGCGACGGACGACGACCGGAGCCGGAACCUGCAGGACUACGACCGAGCCGUCCUCUCGCGGCAGCUGGACGAGACUCAACAGAGCUGGCUUCUCGGACCCAGCGAGCAGAAGAAGAAGAAGAAGUACGUGGAUAUCGGCUGCAUGCUUGUCAGCCAGAAGCUCUUCGUCUGGAUGGUGGGGGCUAUCGCCGUCAGCGCUCUGCUCGCCGGAUUCAUCACCCUCAUUGUGAAGACGCUGCCGCGGCACCACCGUCCUCCGCCUGCGCCGGACAACUAUACGCUGGCUCUCCACAAGGCGCUCAUGUUCUUCAAUGGUCAGAAAUCUGGGAAACUUCCCAAACAUAAUAAUGUAUCAUGGAGAGGGAAUUCUGGAAUGAGAGAUGGAUUAUCAGAUGAUUCUUUUCAUAAGAAUCUGGUUGGAGGCUUUUAUGAUGCUGGAGAUGCAAUCAAAUUCAACUUUCCACAAUCAUUUGCCUUGACAAUGCUGAGCUGGAGUGUGAUUGAGUACAGAGCAAAGUAUGAAGCUGCUGGUGAACUUGAUCAUGUUAAGGAGUUGAUCAAAUGGGGAACAGAUUAUCUUCUCAAGACUUUUAACUCUUCUGCAGAUACUAUAGAUGUUAUUGCUGCUCAGGUUGGUGCUGGAGACACUUCAAAGGGUCCUAAUCCUAAUGACAUUUACUGUUGGAUGAGGCCAGAGGAUAUCAACUACCCACGGCCUGUAUACCAGUGCCAUGGGUGCUCUGACCUGGCUGCCGAGAUGGCUGCAGCUCUGGCUGCUGCAUCUAUUGUUUUCAAAGGCAAUGAGAAGUAUUCCAAGAAACUUGUCCAUGGUGCCCGAACAUUGUUUAAAUUCUCUAGAGAUCAAAGAGGCCGAUACAGUCAAGGAGAUACUGACCCUUCACACUUUUAUAAUUCCACUGGUUAUUAUGAUGAGUAUGUAUGGGGUGCUGCAUGGAUGUACUAUGCAACUGGAAAUGUUUCUUACCUUCAAUUAGCCACCACCACAGGCAUUGCUACACAUGCUGGAGCAUUUUCUGGUGGCCCUGAUUAUGGUGUUCUUAGUUGGAAUAACAAACUUCCUGGUGCACAGGUCUUGUUAACUAGGUUAAGGCUACUCCUAAGUCCUGGCUAUCCAUAUGAAGAGAUGUUGAGGACUUACCACAACCAGACAAAUAUCAUCAUGUGUUCAUAUCUGCCGAUGUUCAAUAGCUUCAACUGGACUAAAGGAGGUCUGAUUCAGCUGAACCAUGGCAGGCCACAGCCUCUUCCCUAUGUUGUUAAUGCAGCCUUCCUUGCUUCAGUUUACAGUGAUUACCUUGAUGCAGCGGAUACUCCAGGCUGGUACUGUGGUCCCAACUUCUUUUCUACAGAUGUCCUACGGAAGUUUGCAAGAUCACAGAUUGAUUACAUUCUUGGCAAAAACCCCAGGAAGAUGAGCUAUGUUGUUGGUUUUGGCAAUCAUUAUCCCAAACAUGUUCAUCAUCGGGGCGCAUCGAUACCCAAGGACAGGACCAGGUAUAACUGCAAAGGUGGACGGAAGUGGCUCUACAGUCCGAAGCCCAACCCGCACACAAUAGUUGGUGCCAUGGUUAGUGGACCUGAUAGGCAUGACGCCUUCCAUGAUGUUCGCACCAAUGCCAACUACACAGAGCCGACUCUCGCUGGCAAUGCUGGGCUGGUUGCUGCACUGAUCUCUCUGUCUGCACAGGAGAAUGCUUAUGGAAUCGACAAGAACACAAUAUUCUCUGCAGUUCCUCCGCUGAGUGCUACUACACCGCCACCUCCUGCACCUUGGAAGCCUUGAGAGAAGCUCUGGCUCCCACUGGCUCUGCUAAGCUGUACGCUACUGUUAUAAUGCUUCUGUUGCUGAAAACUUUUGUUUGUAACCUUAGUUGACCCUCCAGAGAACAAAUCCAACUUGGGGAAGUUCUGGGGAAGUUCACAACCUUGUGUUCUUUUGUAGCAUAUGUUCUGUUGUAUUGAUUGAUUGCUUGUGUUUUUGAUCUCAAGCUGACAUACUGAUGUAUUAACCGUUUAACCACUUGUGCCCAAGGGAAUUGCUUUUGGCAUUGUGUUGCUGUAGUGAA